GGUUUUCAGCGAGUAACGCACUGAACCGCGGGACAACGUGCAGAAAUACUGUUUACCGGAGAGAAGCGGACGCCUCAUGGAGCUCAUCUCAUAAACCCGAGUCGAAGAGCAGCUUUUCACAGCGCCAAGUUCUUAAUAAAGUUGUGACGCGCUCGUUUGGACUGGGCCCAGGCAGCGGGUCGCCGUAGAUCCUCCAGCCGCCCGACAAGGCUCGAGCCCCCGGCAGCCGACCGCGGACUUCCCGCUCGGGAAUCGGCGGGAGAAUGUCGCAAACCGGAGCGCCUCCCCGCUGGAGGAACUGUCCCAGGAGAGGACAACCUGUGGCCGGUAAAUUUCUACCCAUGAAAACCAUGCUUGGGCCGCGCUAUGAUGAUAAAGUCCCUGAGGAGAACCGGUUUCAUCCCAGCAUGCUGUCCAACUAUCUGAAAAGCUUAAAGGUGAAGAUGGGUUUACUGGUGGACCUGACCAACACCACCCGCUUCUAUGAUCGAGCAGACAUCGAAAAAGAAGGAAUAAAAUACGUGAAACUUUCCUGCAAAGGUCAUGGCGAAUGCCCGACGGCAGAGACCACAGAGAUGUUCAUCAGGCUGUGUGAGCACUUCAUAGAGAAGACGCCCACAGAGCUCAUCGGCGUUCACUGCACGCACGGCUUCAACCGCACCGGCUUCUUAAUAUGUGCCUACCUGGUGGAGAAAAUGGACUGGAGCAUCGAGGCGGCUGUGGCAGCGUUCGCUCAGGCUCGUCCGCCAGGCAUCUAUAAAGGAGACUACCUGAAGGAGCUCUUCCGGCGGUACGGGGAUGUGGAGGACGCUCCCGCCGCCCCGCCACUGCCCGAGUGGUGCUUCGAUGAAGACGAGGAGGAGGAUGGGGAGGAAGACGGCAGUGCCAGCGCUCCGGCCUCCGAGCCCAGCUCAUCUCACACCGGGCAGAGCAAGAAGAAGAAGGAGAGACUCAAACUGGGCGCUGUGUUUCUGGAAGGCGUCUCUGUCAAAGGAGUCUCUCAAGUCACAACACAGCCCAAACUCGGAGAAAUCCAGAGGAAGUGCCAGCAGUUCUCAGAGUGGGACAGAUCUGGCUUUCCUGGUGCUCAACCGGUAUCGAUGGACCGCAAGAACAUUCGCAUGCUGGAGCAGAAUGGGUAUAAAGUCAGCUGGAAAGCAGACGGCACACGGUACAUGAUGUUGAUAGAUGGGAGAAAUGAAGUUUACAUGAUCGACAGAGACAACUCUGUCUUCCACAUAGAAAACCUGGAGUUUCCCUUCCGGAAGGAUCUGCGCAUCCACCUUUCCAACACACUUUUGGAUGGGGAGAUGAUUAUCGACAAGGUGAACGGCCAGCCUGUCCCACGCUAUCUCAUCUAUGACAUCAUCAAGUUUAGCGGUCAACCGGUGGGUCAGUGUGACUUCAACAGACGUCUGCUGUGUAUCGAGAAGGAGAUCAUCUCCCCACGCUUUGAGAAAAUGAAGCUGGGCCAGAUCGACAAAGCCAAGGAGCCCUUCAGUGUCAGGAAUAAGCCUUUCUUCGACAUCCACGCUGCGCGCAAGCUCCUGGAGGGCAGUUUCACCUCGCAGGUCAGCCAUGAAGUGGAUGGUCUCAUCUUCCAGCCUAUAGGGAAAUAUAAGCCAGGCCGAUGUGAUGACAUCCUGAAGUGGAAGCCGCCGAGUCACAACUCUGUGGAUUUCAGACUCAAGAUCACCAAAGUCGGCGGCGAGGGGCUGAUCCCGCAGACGGUUGGUCUCCUGUACGUGGGGAACUAUGACAUGCCCUUUGCGCAAAUGAAGAUAACAAAGGACCUGAAGCAGUACGAUAAUAAAAUAAUCGAGUGCACGUUCGUCAACAACACCUGGGUGUUCAUGCGGCAGAGAGUUGACAAGAGCUUCCCCAACGCAUACGACACGGCCAUGGCCGUGUGUAACAGUAUCCAGCAUCCCGUCACCAAGGAGAUCCUGCUGGAGUUUCUGGAGCGCUGCGCUCAGGUUCAGUCCCGCAAAAACCCAGCCGACUCGGACCUCAUGCCCCCACCGCCACCCAAGAGGAGCGCCAACAGCAUCCCGCAGUAGCACUGACACACCGGACUCGCUCCCUUUCACCGUUUUUUAUUCCCAAAAUGUUCCGCAGCUCUACCCGAGAGACUUCUGGAGAACAUUCAGCUUUUUGGCUUCUGUGCUUGAAGAUGUCUGGGGUGGAUUUAAAAACACUGAUGCGCCUCAAAAUGGGCUGUUCUUACUCAGAGUUUUUGUCUUGUUUCCAGUCCAAACAUCUGAAAACUCUUAAAUCAAGAAGCUUUUUUUAGACAAGGUUUUCAGAAAUAAUCAGUGAAAAUUCGGUGAGUUUUUCCUUAAAACAAGAAUAAUCUGCCUAUGGGGUUGGCUGAAUAAUUGUAUUCGCUUUAAACUAAGAUUAACUUGCCACAUUGGCUGAUUAUUUUCCUUGUUUUAUGGAAAACCUCACUUUAUUUCUAAAAACAAAGCAGUAACUUCUACUUGUCUUGAGAAAUGCUUCUUGAAUUAAGAUUUUUUAGAUGUUUGGACUAAAAACAAGACAGAAAUCUGAAUAAGAAGGCUUUUUUUUGCAGCGUAAGAGAUUGUUCCAACAUUGAGUGCUGAGGCGCGUUCUUAUUUAAAAGAAUAAAACUGAAGAUGACUUGCA